CGCCCCGCCCCGGCCCCCGGGGAUGCGCCGCCCCAAGCCGCUGCCUCCGCCGCCGCAGCCGCAGCCGCAGCGGGCACAGAGCAGGUAGAUGGCCCCCCCAGGGCAGACCCUGCGGACACCCCUCCCUCCGGCUGGCGGAUGCAGUGCCUAGCGACUGCUCUUAAGGACGAAACCAACAUGAGUGGGGGAGGGGAGCAGGCCGACAUCCUGCCGGCCAACUACGUGGUCAAGGAUCGCUGGAAGGUGCUGAAAAAGAUUGGGGGCGGGGGCUUUGGUGAAAUCUACGAAGCCAUGGACCUGCUGACCAGGGAGAAUGUGGCCCUCAAGGUGGAGUCAGCCCAGCAGCCCAAGCAGGUCCUCAAGAUGGAGGUGGCUGUGCUCAAAAAGCUACAAGGGAAAGACCACGUGUGCAGGUUCAUUGGCUGUGGCCGGAAUGAGAAGUUUAACUAUGUGGUAAUGCAGCUCCAGGGCCGGAACCUGGCCGACCUGCGCCGUAGCCAGCCCCGAGGCACCUUCACGCUGAGCACCACGCUGAGGCUGGGCAAGCAGAUUCUGGAGUCCAUUGAGGCCAUCCACUCCGUGGGCUUCCUGCACCGCGACAUCAAGCCGUCAAACUUUGCCAUGGGCAGGCUGCCAUCCACCUACAGGAAAUGCUACAUGCUGGACUUUGGGCUGGCCCGGCAGUACACCAACACCACGGGGGACGUCCGGCCCCCUCGGAAUGUGGCCGGGUUUCGAGGGACGGUUCGCUAUGCCUCGGUCAAUGCCCACAAGAACCGGGAGAUGGGCCGCCAUGAUGACCUGUGGUCCCUCUUCUACAUGCUGGUGGAGUUUGCCGUGGGCCAGCUGCCCUGGAGGAAGAUUAAGGACAAGGAGCAGGUAGGGAUGAUCAAGGAGAAGUAUGAGCACCGGAUGCUGCUGAAGCACAUGCCCUCUGAGUUCCACCUCUUCCUGGACCACAUUGCCAACCUCGAUUAUUUCACCAAGCCCGAUUACCAGUUGAUCAUGUCGGUGUUUGAGAACAGCAUGAAAGAGCGGGGCAUCGCUGAGAACGAGGCGUUUGACUGGGAGAAGGCGGGCACGGACGCCCUCCUGUCCACCAGCACGUCCACCCCGCCCCAGCAGAACACCCGGCAGACGGCGGCCAUGUUUGGGGUGGUCAACGUGACGCCUGUGCCUGGGGACCUGCUGAGGGAGAACACUGAGGAUGUGCUGCAGGGCGAGCACCUGAGUGACCAGGAGAAUGCACCCCCAAUCCUGCCGGGGCGGCCCCCUGAGGGGCUGGGCCCCACCCCCCACCUUGCUUCCCAUCCUGGGGGGCCUGAAGCUGAAGUCUGGGAGGAGACGGAUGUCAACCGGAACAAACUCCGGAUCAACAUUGGCAAAACCCCCUGUGUGGUGGAAGAGGAGCAGAGCCGAGGUGUGGGGGUCCCCAGCUCCCCCGUGCGUGCCCCCCCAGACUCACCGACAACCCCAGUCCGUUCUCUGCGCUACCGGAGGGUCAACAGCCCUGAGUCAGAGAGGCUCUCCACUGCAGAUGGGCGCGUGGAACUGCAUGAGAGGAGGUCACGAAUGGAUCUGCCGGGCUCCCCCUCGCGCCAGGCCUGCUCUUCACAGCCGGCCCAGAUGCUGUCAGUGGACACGGGCCAGGCUGACCGGCAGGCCAGCGGCCGCAUGGACGUGUCAGCCUCCGUGGAGCAGGAGGCCCUGAGCAACGCCUUCCGCUCGGUGCCGCUGGCCGAGGAGGAGGACUUCGACAGCAAGGAGUGGGUCAUCAUCGACAAGGAGACAGAGCUCAAGGACUUCCCCCCGGGCGCGGAGCCCAGCACAUCGGGCACCACGGAUGAGGAGCCCGAGGAGCUGCGACCGCUGCCCGAGGAGGGCGAAGAGCGGCGGCGGCCAGGGCCAGAGCCCACCGUGCGGCCCCGGGGCCGCAGCAUGCAGACACUGGCGGAGGAGGACCCCCGGCAGACAUCAUCCCAACCCCCGCAGCCCCAGCUGAGCCAGGCGGAUGGCCGGUCAGAGACAUCACAGCCCCCCACGCCCGGCAGCCCUUCCCACUCACCCCAGCACUCGGGACCCCGCCCUCGACGGAGAGAGUCGGACCCCACCGGCCCGCAGAGACAGUUGGAGGAGGACAGACUCUCGGGGCACUCCCUCCCGCGGUACAGCCCCCUGCGACGACUGGCGUCCUCCGUGUUCUCCUCCUCCACGCUGGAGACCGAGCAUUACCCUCACCCUGGCGGCGGCGGCUCCUCGGGCUCCUCCGGUUCCCUCAUUCAGCGCAGCCGCUCGGCGGAGAGCAGCCCCGUGCGGGCGCCCCACCGGCGCCAUGCGCCCCUCGCCACCGGCAACCACAGACUCGUGCCCUCGGUGCUCCGCAUCUCGCGGUCCCAGCUGCAGCAGGUGUUCUCCGUGGCGCCCUCAUUUGAGGUGAACGGUCUCCCGCGAGCUGUGCCUCUGAGCCUGCCCUACCAGGACUUCAAGAAAGACCUGUCCGAUUACCGAGAGCGGGCUCGGCUGCUGCACCGGGUCCGGAGGGUGGGCUUCUCGCACAUGCUGCUCACCGCCCCCCAGGUUCCGCUGGCUCCGGUUCAGCCUCAAGCUAAUGGGAAGGAGGAAGAGGAGGAGGACGAUGAGGAAGAAGACGAAGAGGAGGAAGAGGAGGAUGAGGAAGAGGAAGAGGAGGAGGAGGAGGAUGACGAGGACGAGGAGGAGGACGACGACGAGGAUGCAGUGGCCCUGGGGGAGGCACUGGGGCCGCGCAGUGGCUCCAGCAGUGAGGGGAGUGAGAGGAGCACUGACCGGAGCCAAGAGGGUGCCCCGUCCACGCUGCUGGCUGACGAUCAGAAGGAGUCCCGGGGCCGGGCCUCUGUGGCUGACGGGGACCUGGAGCCUGAGGAGGGUUCCAAAACGCUGGUGCUCGUCUCCCCCGGUGACAUGAAGAAGUCGCCUGUCACUGCCGAACUGGCCCCCGACCCUGACCUGGGCACUCUGGCUGCCCUCACUCCUCAGCACGAGCGGCCCCAGCCCACGGGCAGCCAGCUGGAUGUGUCUGAGCCAGGCACCCUGUCCUCCAUCCUCAAGUCUGAGCCCAAGCCCUCUGGGCCUGGGACAGGGCCAGCGGCUGGGGCAGUGACUACAGGGGCAGGGGGAGUGGCAGUCACCUCCUCACCCUUCACCAAAGUCGAGAGGACCUUUGUGCACAUUGCUGAGAAAACCCACCUCAAUGUCAUGUCUUCUGGUGGACAAGCCUCACGGUCUGAGGAGCUCAGUCCUGGGGGUGAGCUGGGCCUGGAGGUGCCCUCUGACGGGAGGGCUGCGGAGGAGGGGACCCCCGUGCCCAUGGAGAAUGGCAUUGCCCAGUCAGGGCUGGAGAGCUGUGCCCUGUCUGGCCCCCCUGGGGACACCACCUUGGAGGUGGCCAUGAAGUCACCGCCCAGUGGCCCCGCCCUUGCUGACGGGCCAGCCCCUGUGUCCCCACCGGAACCAGGCCCUGAAAAACUGGCCACCAUCUCCCCUAGCCACCGUGCCAUGCCAGGCCAUCGCCCCAGGAGCCGUAUCCCUGUCCUGCUGUCUGAGGAGGACACGGGCUCUGAGCCCUCGGGUUCACUGUCGGCCAAAGAGCGGUGGGGCAAGAGGGCGAGGCCGCCGCAGGACCUGGCACGGCUGGUGAUGGAGAAGAGGCAGGGCCGCCUGCUCCUGCGGCUGGCCUCUGGGGCAUCGUCCUCCUCCAGUGAGGAGCAACGUCGUGCCUCUGAGACACUCUCAGGCACCGGCUCUGAGGAGGACACGCCGGCCUCGGAGCCCGAGGUGUCCAGGAAGGCCGGGCGGGCAGCUCCCCCCCGGAGUCGGAUUCCUCGUCCCAUCAGCAUCCGCAUGCCCCUGCCUGCCCCGGCCCAGCAGCCCCCCGGCAGACCCCAUGGUGCGACCCCAGCAUCUGACACAGCCAUCACCAGCAGGCUCCAGCUGCAGAAGCCCCCAGGGUCCGCCACUGCUGCUGACGUCCGCCCCAAACAGCCGGCUGGCCGUGGCCUGGGCCCAGGGCGAGCCCAAGCCAGCAUCAGGCCCUCCGCCCCGCGCAAUCCCAGCGCGUCCCCCCGGAGCCAGUCCCUGUCCCGCAAAGAGAGCCCCUCGCCCUCGCAUCAGGCCCGGUCCGUGGGCCCCCCAUCCCGGGGAGCCCCACAGACCCGGGCCCAACCUGACGGCACCCCCUCCCCGGGGGGGCCCAAGAAAGGACCCAAAGGGAAACUCCAGACUCAGCGCGCAGCAACCAAAGGCCGGGCAGGUGUCCUGGAGGGCCGGGCCGGGGCCAGAUAAUGACGCGCGCGGCUCUCCGCGGCCCCCCAUCCUCACCCCGGCCCCCCACCCGCAGCCGGCCAUACUGGAACAGCUCCCAGCACAGCCUUACGCGCCUGACGCGCGCCACCCGCGGCCCCAGCUUCCCGCCUGCACCCACGACGGCGCGCGCCAGCACCUGCCGCGCCUGCCCGGCAAGACCCGAUCGGUGGCAGGCGCUGCGCCGCGGGGGUAACGCCCGCCUCCCCUCACUACCCCGUCAUAUCCCACCCCCUGCCAUCCUUCAGGUGGGGCAGGCUCACGCUCCGCCCGGGAAGGCUCUGUCACUCGUCACCGAGGACCCCAUUAUGGAGACGCCCCGUUCACCCACCAGGCCUCUGCAGCUCUCCAUGCGCCCCCCUCUUCUGCUUACACCUCCUACAUCGCCUUUCCCUCCUCUUGACCCUCUUCCAGCCAAAGCCCCCGCUUUUCAAAAGGGCAGCCUCAAAUGCUGGAAGUGGAGGCUCCAGCUUCCCCUGGGGGCCAACCUCACAGUCUCCUGGGAAGGACCUCUUCUCAGCGGCCAGAGGGAGGGUGGGGAGGUGGGACCUUGGGGCUACUGGUCUACUCAGGUAGAGGGGGCGGGUCUGACCUGCCCCAAAGUCAGCUCUGUCCUGGACACCCCUGUGGGUGGCAAUGGGCAGGUGAUGAGGGCUGUUCCCUUGCACUUCUAAGGUGCAAAGACUCCCCUCCCUAAAUUGGGGUGGGAUCUCAGUGGGAAUCAUAGAGUGUGUGGGCUGACUUCCUGGUCAGUGUUUCCCAGUGGGGGUUGGAGGGGGCCUUAAAAAAGUUUUCACCUAUCUUUUGGCCACAGAUCUAGUGCUCAGGAGCCCUCACCAUCAGGAAUUCCUUAUUGAGAUCUAACCUCAGUUCCGCCUACUGCAGUUUCAGCCAACUCCCUUCUCUCCUGGGUUCAGUGGAGGUGGAGAAUGUCUGCUUAUCAUCUUCUCUCCUUGGCCCUUUGGAGAUUCAGGGAGUCAGUUCCAGUCAGGUCACCCUCCCUGUCCUCUUGGCUGGGGGAGUGGGUUGGAUCAGACCACCAUCUCCCCCAGUGGCCAGAGAGAGCAGAAACAGGCAGACAGACCGCUGGCCCUGGGACUCAAGGCGGAAAGCCCCUUCUAACUUCCAGACUGUAUGCCUGCGAUCGGUGCAGCCCAAAUCCCCUCUUCCCCCAGCUCCCCCUUCAGCUUGUCCCCUCUUCUCCUAACUCCAAACUAUGCAGCUGAGCGUCCCUGUGGAGGUUGAGGACGGUGAAUGGAUAUGGGGCGUCCUGCUGGGUCUGGAUCCUUCAUAGCUCUUCCCAGCUCAUCACGAGCCUCCACUGCCUACGUCUGGGCCAAGCAGCACGUGGGCGGGAGAAGGGACAGCCACCCCUGCCUAUGGGGACAGGUCCCCUGCAGGCCUCCUCCAUCCUCAGCACCCACAGCCUCUGACCCCUGGCCUGGCCCUUCUGUUCUUCUUUGGGGCAUGGAGAGCAAGGCAAGGUAAGAAGGGGAAGAGGAAGAAAGGUCCCAGCAUGCCCCAGUGGGCUGGCAGCUCCAGCCACCAUCACUUACAAGGAUGCUCAUGAGGAAGGUGGCCCUGGGAGCACCCUGGUCGUGCCAGCUGAAGCCCCUAUGGAGAGUCAGCGGGCAUAAGCAGCCGCUUCCAGGCCAAGAUGGUGGUGUCUCUGCAGACCAGCCUUGGGGAGGACUCCAGGGAGGACAGCCUUUGAGGUCCACCCCAUGCUGAUGCAGAAGCUCCCAGAACACUCAGGAAACCUCUCUGGACAGAGCUCUCUUUGUCAACCUGAGACCCUCCCAAGACCUCUACUGCUCCCUGGGUCCAGCAGAGCGGGUGGAGGAAGGGCCACUCCUCCCACCUAGAGUUUCUCUGAAUGACAAUCAGCUCCUGCCAGGUGGAGACCCAGGCCUGACCCCUGGUCCCCAGAUCCUGGGCCUGCUCCUUGCCACCAACCCAACCGUGAAUGUAGGGCCCCCAGCCUCACUCCUGCCCCAGGACCAACAACAACCUGGUUUGGUGUUGGGAGGAAAAGGGGGUGGCCUGAGAGAACCCCAGGCCCAUCCUACCCCCCAGCUUCACCCAGCGCUGGAGCUGGGCAGAGACACAAAACCCUUGGGAAACCAGACCUCUCCAGGGCUCCCAACUGACCUCAGGCCUCUGCAUCAUUGACUGUCACCCAUGGAGGUGGGGGGGGGGGGGG